AUGUUUCGAACAAAACAUUUCUUUGUUUUUAUUCUUGCAAACUGGAUUACGGCUAUGCCACAAUUGAAUCUUUAUUUUUCUGACCAAGUAAAUGAAAAUAGAAACGAUACAAUAGGUCUACGAUAUAAUUGUUUACGCCUUGCUACAAAUACAGAGCAGUCAAAUAUCGUACGAGAGAUCUCAUCUUAUUGUACGAGUGAAUCUUCAUGGAAAUUCUCAAUUAAAAAUGAUCAUACGGUGCAAAGAUUUUACUUUGAUGAUCUUGCAAAACAGAAUAUUUCAGGUGAAGAUUUAUAUCUCUGGUCAAUACCAAUCGAUACGAUUGAACACUAUCAACACUAUUUGGAAACAAAUGAUUUAUCUUUAGCAAAACAAAUUGUUUACAACUGUACAUUACCAAGAUUUGGACCAAUGUGUCAAUAUGAAUUACAUGCUUUUCAUGAAGAUUAUUCAACAGUAUCUGAAAUAAUUCUUAAUAAUUACCUCUCUACAGGUGCAGAAGGUCAUUGGACAUGUGAAACUUAUUUGAAGUGUACUCGUAAACAUGCACCAGCUUGUUUACAUUGGUCAGAAAUUUGUGAUGGGAGAAUUGAUUGUCUCGAUGGAGAUUUCGAUGAAGAACAUUGUUGGCAACUUGAAAUCAAUGAAUGCAAACAAAAUGAAUAUCAAUGCUCAAAUGGAUUGUGUAUACCAGCAGAAUUUUUCAACGAUGAUCCAGAUAACACUGACUGUCUUGAUGGUUCUGAUGAAGAUAGAGUACUUGGAAGUUCACGGAAAAGUUAUGGCACAUUUGGAUGGGAAGAUAUGAAAUAUUCACCAUUAUUUAUCACAAGUUAUCACCAUCGUUAUCAUCAAAAACUAAUAGUCGAAUCGAUGUUUUCCGAUAAAGAUCCUUCUGUAUCGAACAAAUGA